CUAUAAAUGCACCAAAAAGAUAUAAAAAUUAGUAUAAUCCAUGUUAUAUAUUCAUCGCUCAAAAAUAAGUAAUACUCAAUUUGUAGAAGUAUAAACAAUUAAGAAAAUCACUUUUUUAACAACAUUAAUUGAUCAUUUACCCCGUACUAACUAUAUUAUUGUUUCAAAUAAAGUUACACAAAUUAAGAUGAACAACCAAAAUGCAGCAAUUGCAAUUUCAUAUACCAUCUUAAUUUACUUGGGAUGUGCUCAAUCAAUUUUCGCUAAAGUCUACACUGUUGGUGAUAAAGCGGGUUGGGGGCCUGGAAAUGAUUACACAAAAUGGGUUAAAGGAAAGAACUUUGUCAAGAGUGACGUUCUUGUAUUUCGCUACGCAGAAGGAUAUAGCGUAGAUGAAGUAGAUUCUAAAAGAUUUCAUAGAUGUGAUUCAAGAAAUUCUUUAUUUUCAGCCAUAGAUGGAAAUACUAAAAUUCCUCUUACAAGAUCUGGAGUCCACUAUUUUAUUGGGGGAUUUUUCAACGAGUGUUCUCAAGGCAUGAAUCUCACCGUCGUUGUCAAUUAAAAUCUUUUUAUUAUUUAUAAUUUUUCAUUAUUCUUAAUUUUUUUUUUUGCAAAUAUAAAGGAUACAAG